GUUCUAAUCUAAAACUCAAUUUUUGCUUUGGACAGAGGUCCUAGCUCCACUGAUUGUUGGAACCCAAAAGCAAUUCAACUUCUCUCACAUAACUGCUGGUUCAACAGCUAUGGGAAAGAAUGUGCUUCCUCGUGUAGCUGCACUUUUGGAUGUUGCACCUCUGCAGGAUGUCAUAGAGAUUCAGUCAGAGGAUACAUUUGUCAGGACAAUUUAUGCAGGCAAUGCUGUUAUGACUUGUAAAUGUAAUGAUAACAUAAAGAUAUUCACUGUCAGAGGGACGGCUUUUGAGGCUGCAAAGACAUCUGGUGGUGGAGCUGCCAGUGAAAAUGCACCAGCAGCAGAAACCGGUAAUGAUCU